GGGCGGGCGUCUAUGUCUGCCAGAGGUAAACAAACCGAAGCGCCAGAGAGGGAGUCAGCCAGCAUGAGCCAAGCUAACCACGAGGUCGCCAAGGAGGAGGAGGAGGUGAAGGUCAACGAUGGAUCUAAGAGGAUCAAGCUGGACAUCCCCAAAGAAAAGCGUGAAGAAUCCCCUGAUCGCUCCUCUCCCCUGUUCCACAAGGAGAAGCGCACAUCCUGGUGGCUGGUCAGUGAGGGCAGCUUGUUUGGGGUGGGUAAUCCCCUGCUUGACAUUGCUGUGAACACAGACAGCGAGUACCUCAAGAAGUAUGAGCUGGAGGCCAACAAUGCCAUCCUGGCAGAGAAGAAGCAUGAGCCCAUGUACAAGGAGAUGGCUGACAUGGAGGGGGUGGAAUACCUCGCUGGGGGAGCAACACAGAACUCUAUGAGGGUGGCACAAUGGAUCCUGAGGAAGAAGCAUUGUGCUACCUUCAUGGGCUCAGUGGGAAAGGAUGACUUCAGCAAGACCCUGGAGCAGAAGGCAGAGGAGGCAGGUGUGAAGGUCAAGUACCAGAAGCAGGAUGACCACCCCACAGGAACUUGUGCCGUCGUUAUCACAAAGAAUGGAGCAUGCAGGUCGCUUGUAGCUAACCUUGCGGCUGCCAAUCACUUUUCCAAGUCCCAUCUGGACGUCCCAGAGAACAAAGCCUUAAUGGAAAAGGCCAAAUUUUAUUACAUCUCAGGGUUCUUCCUUACUGUGUCCCCGGAGACCAUCCAGACUAUUGGGAAGCACGCCUGUGAACACAACAAGGUGUUCAGCAUGAACCUGUCAGCACCGUUCCUGUGUGAGUUCUACAAGGAGCCCAUGAUGGCUGCAUUCCCAUACAUUGACAUUCUCUUCAGCAAUGAGACUGAAGCAGCCAAAUUCUCUGAGGUGCAAGGCUUUGGCCUGACUGACAUUCGGGAGAUUGCCCUCAAGGCUGCAUCACUACCAAAGGAAAACAAGAAACGGAGUCGUAUUGUUGUCUUCACCCAGGGAGCUGACAAUAUUAUCCUGGCCAAGGAUGGAAAAGUGAAGGAGUUUCCAGUGGUCAGACUGCCUGAAGAAAAGCUGAUUGAUACUAAUGGAGCUGGUGAUGCCUUUGUGGGAGGGUUCCUGUCCCAGCUGGUACAGGGCAGGGAUGUGGCCGACUGCAUUAAGUGCGGGAUCUGGGCUGCCACGGAGAUCAUCCAGAGGUCUGGCUGUACCUUCCCUCCAGAUCUUCACUACAAGAACUAAAUAAAUCUUCCCACACACUACCUCCAGCGGCAGCAAUGCUUGGCCUCCUACAUGGUGACUGAGGCUCAAAACUGAGUGUGACACAACUCUUUCACAAUGUUUCUACAAUUAAAUGAUAUGCAAAUGACAGCUGUAUGGAAGCUUGGCAUGAUGUAUUGGCUAUUCCCCUUUUCUUUGGGAUCCCAUCCUGCUAUAAUCUUGGCCAUGAAAGGCACUCUGGUGUUCACUAGCUCUCUACAAUCAUGUAAACAUUAGUAAAGCAAGAUGAAAGCUUUGCACAAAAAAAAAAAAAAUCUUUCACAGUAAGGAGAAACAUAUAUCACAGCUAAGACAAUGUCUAUUUCUAAUUCUACUUUUGCACUAUUGUUUUAUACAGUAGACACUCAACCUACUCCUGCUUCCAGCAUGGAAAGAUGAAUGACUGACUUCCUGUACACAUUUCUGCUAUAACCACUGCCUUUGAUAUAUGUAUUGUGAACAGCUCCUCUAUGUAUAAAACUGUAUGUAUUACUUGUAUGUAAUGAAUGCUGCACUGAGGAAACUGUGUUCAGGAGGGAGUUGUUAUGAGUGAUAUUUAUGUGUAUGUCAUUUUGGUCUUGACUUACAUCUUUCUUAUGACAUUGAGGUAGAACUUAUAAUUUUUUUGAUGUAUUUUACAUUAACUUAACUUAAUUAAUCAUUUUAAUAAACAAGAUUCAGUAUAGAAAAUACUCCAACAACUUUUGUUAACAUUAUCUUAGUGUUGGAAAGGUUGAAAAUAUAUUGUAAAUCUCUGACAGUAUAAUGGGCAGCUUGGUGCAGGAAAUGUAAAGCGAGAAGGCUGGCAUCCCAGAGGUGAGAGUCAAAGCCAGCUUUGUGUCACUACUCAGGACUGGCCACAGCACCACCACCAUCUUGCCAAGACAUUUUCUAUUCUCCCUCUCCAUGGCUUUUUUGUAUAUCUUGCUGAUUUUAUGCAGCUUGUGACUUUGAUAUAAUAGCAUCUCUAAACCAGAUAUUUUAUAUUUUUUUUCUAUAUUCAACAAAUUUUUGCCAGAUGUUAAAAACAUUCUUGUUAUGCGCAAUAAAAUUUUUUCCAUA